CUUGCUUUAACUAUUUUCCUUCCUGUUUGAUGCACAUUUUAGGCAUCCCAAGGGUCAGAGUUAGCAGCAGUUACAGUAACUGUGUGAUGUUCUGCGACCACUUUCAUCCACUCUUGAAAGUAAAAUUCAAACCUCUUAUUUUUAAGAGCUAAAUACUGAAGCAGAAAUGCAAAACAACGAGUUAUAUAAUAGAAAGUUUGCCCACAAAAUCUGCAAAAACAAUCAUCCCAUCAUGUUUUCAUUUUUCCUUUGCAGCUGGUGCAACACUUCCAAACUAUUAGUAUUUGUAGUAAAUUUUCUUUCUCAAGUUCCUAUGAGUUAAAGUUGCUGCAUCACUUUUAGUCUGCAGCAACACAUGACGGUUUCUUGCUUAUUGCACCAUCAGCACUCACAGCCGAGUACUCCCAAACAGCAAUCAAUAAUCACUCUGUUUCCUUCUUACCUCGCCACCGCGUCCUCUUCAUCACUCUUUUCCUCUUGUUUGCAGGCAGACGCGUCUCCAUGGGUGAGGCCUGCUGAUCCAGAAAUCUCUACAGAUCCUCUUCAGUCCUCUUCCUCCAUCAGUCUGCCCUCCUCCACUUCAGUCACCAUGACCUCCACCAGCAAGCUGCUGGGUUUGGCUGAGGUGGGGCUGAAGUGUGACCAGGAGAUCGAGAGGAAAUAUGAGAUCGUGCCCUCCGUGGUCUGCUCCAUGUGUUGUCUUUUUGGAAUCAUCUACUGCUUCUUUGGUUAUCGAUGCUUCAAGGCCGUGCUGUUCCUAACUGGCCUGAUGUUUGGCUCUGUGGUCAUCUUCAUGCUGUGCCACAAGGAGAGAGUGAUGGACACCCAGCUGAGUGUGGAGGCCUCUGUGGGCAUCGGCCUUGGCAUUGGAACCCUGUGUGGCCUGGUGACCAUGUUGGUCCGCAGUGUGGGACUCUUUAUGGUGGGUCUGCUGUUGGGCCUGCUGACUGGAGUUGCAUCAUUGGUGGUAAAUAUAGAUAUUUUUUUCUUUUUUGAUGACAUUUUUACUUUGUUAAAAUGUAUUUGUAAUAGAUUGGAUUAAUUAUGUUAAUGGUCGCACUUCCUGCCUUUAAGAACAGAUACACAGAAAAUGUGCGCUUGCUC